AUGUAUGUUGUAAACGCAGCAGAAACGGGGAUGAGUGCGUUUAGCAUGCUUGGCAAAGGUCGACAUCAGCUGCUGGUGGCGCUCUGUUGGCUGUUUUUGGUUUCGACGAGGAGCGGAGCAGUUUCCAGAUGUGUGAACCACGCUUGUAGUCCAUCCAUAGGGAACCUGGCUAGUGGCAGGACCCUCCUCACGCUCUCAAGCUCCUUUCACCGCAGCCCCUGCCCCCAUCAUCCUGUGACCCCCGACGUCUGCCCAGAGGACUCUCAUCCAUCUGCUCACAUGACUGACGACCCUUUCUUGCAUCCGGAUACCUGGUGGGCAUCAGGUGCAGGCACUGGCAUUCAGGAACAGCAGGAUGAGAUCCGGUUGGACCUGGAAACACAGUUCUGCCUGACCCAUGUGGUUUUGGUGUUCAGGUCACCUCGACCUGCUGCCAUGGCCAUCGAACGUUCGGCUGACUUUGGAAGGACCUGGGAAGCUCUUAAGCUCUAUGCACACAACUGCAGCAAGGAGUUUGGUUUGCCUGAUGAUGUUAUUCAACCAGGUUCUUUGUGUACAUCCCGUUACACCGGCGCUACACCCUGCAUUGGGGGGGAGGUCAUAUUGCGGACACUAGACCCCAGCAGAGCUAAAACAUUGGACCCUUACAGCCCAGAGGCCCUUGCCCGCCUCACCCUCACUAACCUCCGCAUCAGGCUGCUAAAAGCUCAGAGCUGUCCAGCACCUCUAAAUCUACCUGCAGAACGGACAAGCCCCACAGCCUCAGCUCUGACCUCCGCAUCCACCACAGAAGGACCAGCCUCAGCGCCUUAUGCUAUUUAUACUUUACUGGCCAGAGGGACCUGCCUGUGCCAUGGACAUGCAGAGCAGUGUGUGCCACACAACAGCAGCCAAGGCACAAAACAGGACAGUAACAUGGUGUCUGGCAGGUGUCUAUGUACUCACCACACGGCAGGGGAUCACUGUGAGAAGUGUGCCCCCCUCUACAAUGAUCAUCCCUGGAGGCCUGCCAACAGCAGCAGCGGGGAGUCCAACCCAUGCCAGAAGUGCCAGUGCCACGGUCACGCAGAUAGCUGCCACUUCUCUCAGCGCACAUGGCUGUCCUCCGGUGGCACCAGUGGGGGCGUUUGUGAUGACUGCAGACACAACACGGUGGGGCGCAGGUGCCAGCGCUGUCGCCACGGCUACCACCGCCACCCCUCCCUGCCCCUCAGCUCCCCUCACGCCUGCACACGCUGCUGGUGUGAUCCACAUGGCUCUUUGCCUCCUCGUGCCGGAGAGGAGAGACACUGGUGCCACCCUAGAAGUGGGCAGUGCCACUGCAAGUCUGGUGUCGGGGGCACAGGCUGCAGCCACUGCCUGCCCGGCUAUUGGCGUUUUGGAGAGGAGGGGUGUAAACCCUGUGCCUGCCCUCACAGCUGUGAUCAAACCACUGGGCAGUGUUUGGACAGCUACUCCAAUAAUCAGGUGUUCAAUGUGCCCAUUGGUGGAAAAAUCCCUGAUCUGGAUCACAUGUUCACAAUUGAAGAGGAGGUACAGUGGUCGAAGGAGCUUGCAGUUUCUGCUCUGCAUUACACAGGAAAGUGUAGCUGUAAGGAGAAAAAGCUGCGAAGUGUGUCUGACCUCUGCAAGACCAAACAUGAUUAUGUGAUCAAGGCCAGUGUGCUGUCUGCUCAUGACAAAGGCAGCCACGCAGAAGUGCAGGUCAAAGUUCGCAAGGUCCUUCAAUCGGGCCAAGUGACGCUCUACUUGGGGACCAUCAGCAUCUAUCCUCUGUCGUGGACCAGCCGCGGCUGCACCUGUCCUAUCCUAAACCCAGGUAUGGAUUACCUGCUAGCAGGCCCACAGGAGGCCGGGACAGGCCGUCUUCUGGUCACCAUGCAGAGUGUGGUGGUCCCAUGGACGCCCCGAUUAGGUCUCCUUAUAUCAGAGGGGCUGAGGAAUGGAUGUCCAUGAAUCAUAUGAUUCAAAAACGCAGGACAUACAUAGAAGGAUUCCACAAGGUCACAUGAGUCAGUGGACAAUUCAGAAAAAGGACUGAUAAUCACUGGACAGCGUGCUGCGUCAUCAGGAGGAAA